AUGGCCGUCAAAGAUGAGCAGCAGUCGCUGCACAUCCUCUUCUUCCCGUUCCUCACACCCGGACACCUCAUCCCGAUCGCCGACAUGGCCGCACUCUUCGCCGCCCGCGGCGUCAAGUGCACCAUCCUCACCACCCCCUUGAACGCCGCCGUGAUCCGCUCGGCGGUCGACCGUGCCAACGACGGUUUCCGCGACACCGAUGCCCCGGCCAUCGACAUCGCCGUCUUACCCUUUCCCGACGUCGGGUUCCCCCCGGGCGUCGACGUUUUGCCUGUUUGGCGGAAGCACGUUCAAAGUGGAAGCUUCGAACUCUAA